CGUUGACCAUGUGGAAAACGGACAAAGGGCCAUGCAUGGGGAAGAAGGCGGUCUUUUCCUGCAGCGCCUCGUCAGUCCCUUGAAUUGGCUUCUAGUUGAAUUUUUUUCUUUCGCUGGGAAUCGGAGAAAGAGAGAGAAUUUUCGAUCAACCGAAAUGGGUAACGCCUGGUGUUUAUUGUGUGGAUGCGUGGACCAGGCCAGCAUAGGCAUCGUCGAGAGGUGGGGCCGCUUCGAGAAAUUGGCUGAGCCUGGACUCCAUUUCUUUAACCCCUUGGCUGGUCAGUGUCUCGCCGGCAUCCUCUCCACCAGAAUUAACUCCCUCGAUGUCCGCAUCGAAACCAAGACCAAGGACAAUGUCUUUGUGCAAUUGUUGUGCUCAAUUCAGUAUCGAGUGGUCAAGGAAAAUGCUGAUGAUGCAUUUUACGAGUUGGCAAACCCCAAGGAGCAGAUUCAGGCUUAUGUAUUUGAUGUGGUUCGAGCUCUUGUUCCAAGAAUGACUUUGGAUGAACUCUUUGAACAGAAAGGUGAAGUUGCUAAAGCUGUCUUGGAGGAGCUUGAAAAGGUGAUGGGAGCUUAUGGAUAUAGCAUAGAGCACAUUCUGAUGGUUGACAUUAUACCUGAUGCCUCUGUGAGAAAGGCAAUGAAUGAGAUUAAUGCAGCUCAAAGGCUUCAGCUUGCUAGUGUAUACAAAGGAGAAGCAGAAAAGGUGCUUCAAGUAAAGAAGGCAGAAGCGGAUGCUGAAGCCAAGUACCUUGGUGGGGUUGGUGUGGCGAGGCAGAGGCAGGCAAUCACAGAUGGCUUGAGAGAGAACAUACUGAAUUUUUCUCACAAGGUGGAGGGCACCUCUGCUAAGGAGGUGAUGGAUCUUAUCAUGAUCACCCAAUACUUUGACACAAUCAAAGAUCUUGGAUCCUCAUCUAAGAACACGACUGUCUUCAUUCCCCAUGGCCCUGGUCAUGUUAGGGAUGUUGGUGAACAAAUACGCAAUGGGUUAAUGGAGGCAGCCAGUGCACAGGUGAACGUGGAAUAACUUCUGAAUAUUAAAAAUUUAAUACAUUUUUGUGGAACUUGAUUACAUAGCUUGAAUAGGAAGAUACUUCGCCAGAAUACAGAACAAUCAGGAUCACAAAAGUGCUCAGGUGUGUAAAUAAACGCAUUGUGGUGAGAAUGUCAUUAUGUUGGGGUAUAUUUGCUCUAUUUUUCCAUGUUUUAUCAAGUUCACCUCACUUUUUAUCUCAA